UGGCUUAGUUUAUAUGUACACGCACAUAUUAUACAGGUAGUCAUGCUCUAUGUACCAUCAAAUACAUCAGGUUUGCUCCGUGUAACUGCAUAUAGAAUGUCAGCUGGAACCCAUACGAAUGUCCCUGUGGAAUCUGAUCCCUCACUAUGAAGAUGAUAGACAGUGACCUUGAUUUAUCCAGUCUGUAUGGACAGGGUACCUGAGAGCGUAGGACUUAACGCUGGAUUUCCCGACCUACAGGAGUAAUACGAUAAAACCUUGGAGUGAGUGAAGGACAAAGGAAACCGUAUUAUUGACAGAUACAUCACAGCCGUCUGCAUCUGGGAAAUAUUACUAAGACAGCAAGGAAAUUGACCAUAUACCAACACACAGGUGUCAAGGUUUCUGUGAUGUCGUCCGUGAAAAUCAAUCCGUCUGACUGGACGGUGUAUACAUCCAUGGAUAGUACAGAGAAGAUUGAGUACUACAAUGAGAUAGCCUCCAUGUACGACACAGAUUAUGGGACCGAUCGACGGCGUGGGCCCUUUGCCACGGCUGCUGCUCUCGGAGCUUGCGUAAAGGACGAAAAUCAGCGGAAGUCUGUUCGGAUACUUGAUGUUGCAGCAGGAACCGGAAUCGUCGGGGAGGAGUUACAGAAGUUGGGUUUUACUGAGAUUGACGCCCUCGACCCCUCCCCAGGGAUGCUUGACCACGCCCGAAAAAAGGGGGUCUACACGAACUUCUUAUGUCAGUUUCUAACUGAAAAGCCCUGCGACAUACAGACCGGAAGUUAUGAUUGCGUUGUCAUGUGCAGUGCCAUAGGAUCCGGUCAUGUGCCAGCAGAGGCCUUCUUGGAGAUUCAGCGAAUCACACGCCCUGGUGGCUUCGUCGUCCUUGCAGCUAAUGCUAAGGAUUUACACAAGGAUUAUGGGAAUUGCAGACAGGAAUUCUGUCGACUGUUUGAUACAUUAGAGGCUCAUGGUAAAUGGGUCAAGGUCACAGAGAAGACGUUUCCUUGUUAUAAUGGGGAAAUCGACGGAAUUCUUAUGACAUUCAGGGUAUGCUAGUAUCGUCACAUCUAUAUCCAUUUGUUCCUUUGACAGCAAAUUUAGAUAUUUCAUCAAUAUUUUACUGAAGUACAGUCAAUUUAUUUAAUUUAGUAUAAAUAUUUCAAUAUGCUAACACAAGCCUUCUCAAACAACAGCGCAUUUGCAUUGUCUAUUACAAUAAGUAUUU